GCAUCGUCUUUAACUACAACCAUGAGUCUCACCGCUAAGGACAAGAAAAUGGUCAAGGCCUUCUGGGCCAAGGUGGCCGGCAAAGCUGAAGACAUCGGCUGCGAUGCUCUGUCUAGGACGCUGGUUGUGUACCCCCAAACCAAGACCUACUUCUCCCACUGGAAGGACCUGAGCCCCGGUUCUGCCCCAGUCAGGAAGCACGGUGGGACCAUCAUGGGAGGCAUCAGUCUAGCGGUGGCCAGCAUCGACGACAUCAGCGCAGGUCUCCUCGCCCUCAGCGAGCUGCAUGCCUUCAAGCUGCGUGUCGAUCCCGCCAACUUCAAGAUCCUGUCCCACAACAUCUUGGUGGUGCUGGCUAUCUUGUUCCCCAAUGAUUUCAACCCCGAAGCUCAUGUGGCCAUGGACAAGUUCCUGGCAGCGGUGGGCCGGGCUCUGUCUGAGAAGUACCGAUAAGAUGUGGUCAGAAGGAUCAGACCAGACGGAUUGCAGCAUUGAUCAGCACUGUGCUCAGCUCUGUAUUGUUCUAAAAUAUAAUUAAAUGUUAAA